AACGUGUUGGCGUGUUUAGAUGGUCCUGAGCACUGAAGGAGCAAAAUUAUCCUUUGGAAUUGCUCAGUCUACUUUUCUCUUCCUACUUUGACUCUUGGGUGUUUGUGAAAUGUCCCGGUUUCGGGAUGAUUCAGCCGUCAGUGAAAAAGAUGAAGUUUCCCCUGAGCAGCAAGAGAGGAGCUCCAGCCUGAACCAGGAGAUUAAAGAUGAACCGGAGGAACUGUGGAGCAGUCAGGAGGGGGAGCAGCUGCAAGGGCCAGAGGAAGAAGAUUUCAAGUUCACUUAUGUUCCUUAUGAUGUGAAGAGUGAAGAAGAUGAAGAGAAACCUCAGUCCUCGAUUAAACAGAUGGAAACAAGAGCUCAUGGAGAGGACCGUGGAGGACCAGAGGAAGCUGAGUACUCUGAACCCGAGAGUAAUUUACAACCAGAGACUGAGGUUGAGACUGAUGAAUCUUCUGAUCCUGAGACUGAUGACAGUGCUGAUUGGAGGGAGAUGACAAAACACCAGCUAGGUUUAGAGUCAGUGGGAAAAAUCACAAAAGAGAGAGCAGAGACUGAAAGGGAAGCACAUAGCUGCUCUGAGUGUGGCAAACGAUUUAAAAACAAUUGUCACCUUACAGGAGAAAUGAGAGUUCACUCUGGUGAGAACCCUUUCAGCUGCCCUGAGUGUGGAAAGAGAUAUACACAAAAAGGAAGUAUUACAAUAGACAUGAGAGUUCACAGAGGAGAAUUUUCUUUUGGCUGCCCUGAGUGUGGCAGGAGAUUUAAAACUAAAAAAAAGUUGAACAACCACAUGGGUGUUCAUACCACAGAGAAACCCUUCAGCUGCUCUGAGUGUAGUAAGAGUUUUAAACACAAAGGAACUUUGAGGAGACACAUGAGAAUUCAUAAAGGAGUGAAACCUUACAGCUGCUCCAAGUGUGGUAAGAAAUUUGUAGAAAGAGGAGGUUUGAAUUCCCACAUGAAAACUCAUGCACAACUAAGCUGCUAUAGGUGUGGCAAAAUAUUUAAGUUAAAGUGUAGCUUGAGAGCUCAUCUGGCAAUUCACAGAGUAAGUCAAGUCUGAUUUGAUAACUGAAAUGGCCUUCUGCACAGGAGAUAAACCCUUUCUCUGUUAUUCCUGUGUUAAAAAUGUAAUUCUCAAAACAUUUAGAGGAAGCAACAGGAUCAAAAGCAGCCAGAAACUCAGCUCCAGAGGAUUUACAAUCAGAGACUCAGAUCAGUACCGAAGACUUUUCUGAGCCUCAGACUGGCAUCAUCAUUGUUUCCCCUCUAAAAAAAUUGACAAUUUCUCCUAGUGUUUUCAAUGUAAUACUACUGAGAGAGCAACUCUGGGUGUGGUUAAAUGUGAAGUUGGAAUUUUCUUUUAAGGAUUCACAAACCUUAUUCAGAGAAAAACAUGCUGGCAGUAUUUAUUAUUUUUUUUAAUGCUGAUGGUUUCAGAAUGUUUUCUACGUUUUUUGACAAACAAUGCUUGUUCAGUAUGUUUUAUUGUCAAAAUACUUUCAACAGUACGCUUGAUAAGCAAACUUCU